AUGCCAAGUAGUUCAAUGUAGACGAGCAUUUUUACCUUAUCAAUAUGGUCAUGAGAUUUAAAAUAUGCAAACUUAUCAAGCAGCUAACUAAGCUCGCCGUUCAACAAGACCAUGGCUUUGCACAAUUUCACUGGCGAGCUUUGUCCGACGAGCGGCUCCUCAUUGGACAAAGCUCGCCAGCCAGUUGAGCGAAAUCGUGGAUUUUAUUUUUUUAUCGUCAUAGCCAAAAACAAGCCAGACUAUAGAAAAACGCAAAGAUAUUUAAAUCAUACAGCUAGCUCCAAGGACAUCGUGACAUGACAAUUCUUCUAUUUGACUUGACAGAUGUGAAGUACCUAUGCUCCUCCUGCCUCUUCCAUUCAUGAAAUUUUAGUGCUCACUUUCUGAUUUUUUUGGGUUUCUAUCCAUUUCUCACUUCUAAUCUAACACCAACUAUUUCAAUGGAGGACGGAAACACGACCCAGCCUAAUGAUUAUUCAAAGGAGAAUGAAGACAGACAUGAAAAGAAAAAGGGCAAAAAUAAGAAAAAACGUAGCGGUGGUGAUGGCGACCACGGAAUAUCUGGCCCUUCAGAUAGUAUUACUGCCAAUUCAGGUGAUGUACACCAGAAUAUAUCUUUGAAGGAUUUGAAAAUGGCUAUGGAAGUGUUGAAUUUCCAACAAAAGCCUGCAAAGACUACGGAGGAAGCUUUGCAUAAAUCUUAUCAAUUUUGGUCCACUCAACCUGUUCCGAAAAUGGAUGAAAAAAUUGUUUCCAACGAACCUAUAGAGCCACCGAAAGCUCCCGAAGAUAUUAGAGCAGAACCAUACACUUUGCCUGAAGGUUUUCAAUGGGAUACUCUCAAUCUGAAUGAACCUCUUGUUCUGAAGGAACUUUAUACAUUGCUCAAUGAAAACUAUGUUGAGGACGAUGACUGUAUGUUCCGGUUUGAUUACCAGACUGAUUUCCUUAAAUGGGCCUUGCAACCUCCUGGUUGGAGAAUGGAAUGGCAUUGUGGGGUGCGUGUUGUUAAAUCAGGUAGACUUGUUGGAUUUAUAUCUGCUACUCCUGCAGAGCUGAGGAUAUAUGAUCAUGUACAAACUGUAGUGGAAAUAAAUUUCUUAUGUGUUCACAAAAAGCUUCGCUCCAAGAGAGUAGCUCCUGUCCUAAUUAGGGAGAUUACUCGUAGAGUUAAUUUAACUGGGAUUUUUCAAGGAGUUUAUACUGCUGGUAUUGUGUUACCAAAACCUGUUGCAACAUGCCGAUAUUGGCAUAGAUCUCUUAAUCCAAAAAAAUUGAUUGACAUCAAAUUUAGUCACUUAUCCAGGAAUAUGACAAUGCAAAGAACUCUCAAGUUAUAUAAACUCCCUGAUUUACCCAAAACUCCAGGUUUUCGAAAAAUGGAAGUUCAGGAUUGUGAGAGAGUUGUGAAAUUAUUAAAUGAGUACAUGAAAAAGUUUGAUUUGGCACCUGUGUUUUCAGAAGAGGAUUUCAAACACUGGUUCAUUCCUCAAUGUGGAAUUAUUGACAGCUUUGUUGUUGAAGCUUCUGAUGGUUCAAUUACAGACUUUGUGAGCUAUUAUACAUUGCCUUCAACUGUUGUUUAUCAUCCCACUCAUAAAACUCUCAAGGCUGCAUAUUCAUUUUACAAUGUGUCCACAAAGACUCCUUGGACUGAAUUAAUGCUUGAUGCAUUAAUUACUGCAAAAAAUUCUGGAUUUGAUGUUUUCAAUGCUCUGGAUUUGAUGGAUAACAAAGAAUUUUUAGAACCAUUAAAGUUUGGUAUUGGUGAUGGAAAUCUACAGUACUAUUUGUAUAACUGGAGAUGUCCAACAAUGACUCCAAAUAAAAUAGGCCUAGUGCUUCAGUAACCUUUGUAAUGGUAUUAACAUUUUGUAAAUGGUAGGACCAGGUGGGGCUCUUUAUGUCAUUGUAAAUUGUUUGGAAAUAUAGACAUAGUUCACAUUA